AACUCCCUUCUUCUACUUAAACAUGCAUGUUAGUAGUAUAUAUGGGUGCUUCUUUCAUUUCUUCUUCUUAUAAAUUCAUUGGCUGCCAUACAUCUAGCAAAUCAUUCAGCUAAUCAGUAAGCUAUAUAGAAAAAGAAAAAAUCUUCUGAAAAUGGGUUUUAUUGGAGCCAUUGCAAGACACUUGGAUACAUUAGUGGGGCCAGGGGUAAUGCUACUAUUUCCUUUGUAUGCAUCGAUGCGAGCCAUCGAGAGUCCCUCAACACUAGACGAUCAACAAUGGCUCACAUACUGGAUUUUAUACUCAUUCAUCACAAUUUUUGAGCUCUCAUUCUACAAAUUCUUGGCCUGGGUCCCCUUUUGGCCAUUCAUCAAGCUCGUGAUUUGUCUAUGGUUGGUUUUACCAAUUUUCAACGGAGCAGCUUAUAUAUAUGAAAAUUUUGCGAGAAAAUAUGUGAAAAUAGGAUUUCAUGUUAAUUCUAAUUAUCCCGAGGGACAAAGAAAAGUUCUUCAGAUGAUGAGCCUGGACGCUAGGAAAUCUGUGGAGCGAUACAUCGAGAAACAUGGACCAGACGCCUUUGAGCGGGUCGUAAAAGCAGCUGAAAAAGAAGCAAGGAAACGUUGAAACCAAGAAAGGCACAUAUCCUAUAAAGGGACAUACUAAAUAUUCGAGUAUUGUGGAUCAAAUUUAUGAAAUAUUUCUAAGCAAUUUGCGAUCAAUAAGUUUUCUUGUAAACGAAUAAUAUUCAUUAUUUAUGCUUCAAAAAAAAAAAAUCAUUAUUCAACAUAAUAAAAUUUAAUGCCCAAC